AUGCUCUUGGAGACUACUGUGAAAACACAACUUUAUGAAAGAAGAGUACGCAGCACGGCUAGGUCUAAAGGUCUCAGAAAAAGGAUUGAGACUGUAGGAACUGCCGAAGUAUACUUCGGGUUCAGGGAUGAGAACGAGACCCACCCUCUUGUCUUUCACCUUCUCUCAGGCUGCAUCCAUAAUGUAAUCUUAGUCAAGGAGCGCUUCAUGGAUGGAAUUCUGCAACAUAACCUUUUGUACUUGGGGGAUUCCGCGCCUAGGUUUGAAGGCCGCAUCAACGGGAUUGGACAGGAUGCACUAACAGAUUCCGGAGAGAAUACACUAGUGAUGAAGACUACGCUCAGAGUAUUAGUCUACCUAUCCGUACUGGCAGCAACAUAUGAUGUGGAAUGGGAAUUCGGGCGAGGAGGAACUGGUGGUCAGCGCUACCAGCUGGACUUGCACAUCCUCAAGAACACGCUAGCAAAUAUCAUCCUCAAUGGCACCUUUCUCUUCGGCACUGGCGCGUACUCGAACUACAAUCGCUACUUGGCAGAUGAUGAGGGCGAGGAUGAGGAUGCUUUCUUCUUCGCCCUUGACUUCGACCCUGGACAUCAUAGUCAAGCAUCCUUGGAUAUGUCCUCAAUCCUGAACCCGGAGGCCAUCGAGCUGCUUCAUCUCGGUGGGGCAGAGGAUCGGAUUGCGAAGUUUAGCAAGCUUGACUUACCCACUGCAUGGGCUGAAGAAAAUGGGCCUCAAGUCCGGGCCAAUGUUCUGCAAGCCCAACUCUAA